GCAUGUUUCAUUAAAAUGAUAAAAUAUUUACAAGACAGUGACUGUGUUAGUGUUUUGUUAUUAUCACAUUAUUCCAUUAAAAAGGAGAAAUCACCAUGGCGGAAAACUCUAUGGUGUUCGCCUCAAACGAGAAAUGGCGUAUCAACCGAAAUAUCCUGGUGCUUGGCUUCGCAUUCAUGAUUCAUUUCACUGCAUUUCACGGUGCCGCCAACUUGCAGAGUUCUGUGAACACGGAUGCAGGCGCUGGAGCCUUCACAUUGGCCGCUAUAUACUUCUCCCUCAUAAUCUCCAAUAUAUUGCUACCCGCUAUUGUUAUCAAAUGGCUAGGCUGUAAAUGGACAGUGGCGUGGUCAUUCAUAACGUAUAUGCCAUUCAUGGCGGCCCAGUUCUAUCCGAGAUUGUACACAUUGAUUCCAGCCGGCAUGAUGGUGGGCUUCGGCGGGGGACCACUGUGGUGUGCUAAGUGCACCUAUUUGUCCGUGGUUGCGGAGCCAUAUGCCAAGUUGUCGGGUAUACCCGCUGAGGUUUUGGUGGUGCGAUUCUUUGGCCUUUUCUUUAUGUUCUACCAAAUGGCGCAGAUCUGGGGCAACCUUAUAUCUUCUAGCAUUCUCAAAUCCUCACUCGGCGAUGUAGUAUCACUCAACGAGACGCGGGCGAUUGGUGACGUCACUAAUAGUACAAUGUUACCGUCGGCUCUGAACUUGGGAACUUGUGGCGUUAACUUCUGUAGCGGGAGUGCCUCCGAGGAGAACACAAAUCUCUCGCCUCCAUCCGAGAUGAAGAUUCACGUAAUUGCGGGAGUGUACCUCGCUUGCAUGGCGGCUGCUGUUCUCCUAGUUGCUAUUGGUGUCGAUUCUCUGUCCAGAUACACUUCCGGCCGUAAAAUAAGUAAUGAGGGAAAGUCGGGAGUUCGGUUACUAGCAGUGACUUUGCGGCAACUUCGCCAUAAGUACCAGCUGCUGUUACUGCCUGUGAUCGGGUACAUCGGUGCUGAACAAGCUUUCAUGGCGGCAGACUUCACUCAGGCAUUCGUGGGUUGUGCGUACGGCAUCAGCAACAUCGGGUACGUGAUGAUAGCGUUCGGAGUGUUCAACGCGCUGGCGGCGCCCCUCGCCGGGGGAAUGGUGAAGAUCACUGGACGGUAUCCUGUCAUGGUCACGGCACUGAUCUUGAAUUUAUGCCUGCUAAUAGCACUGCUGCAAUGGCGGCCCAAUCCUGACCAGUGGUUCGUGUUCUACCUCCUCGCAUCCAUAUGGGGGGCUGCUGAUGCUGUUUGGCUCGUGCAAGUUAAUGCCUUGUCUGGCAUCUUAUUCCCUGGAAACGAAGAGGCAGCCUACUCGAACUUUAGACUGUGGGAGUCGACGGGCAGUGUGCUAUCCUAUGCAACCGCACCAUACCUCUGUGUACGAACCAGGUUAUAUAUCUUGCUGGGACUACUUAUAUUCGGUUUCUCCGGAUAUACAACAAUAGAGGUGAUGGAGUACAGAGUGAAGAAGGCCCAUCACCGCGAGAGAAACUUCGACCUCGUGGGGAAACACGGGGACUUGUAGUAUGUAGUGUGUAGUACGUAUCAUCAGUGACACAUGUAUUCUGUAGAUAAUUUAAUGUAAAAAACCGUAAAAUAUUAUCUCCCUUCCCUUAUCCACCAUAAUAUGUUUCUCUUCCCUUCUUAAUCUUUGUUCGCAGUCAUAUCUUAUUUAGCCUUUCUUGUCAUAUCAUCACACAGUCCAUCCAUAUCUUUUUGGUUCUAGAGAACAGACUCUUAUUUCCAUCCAAAUUUAUAUUAAAACAUUUUUUUUAUAUGAUAUGAGUUAUAACUGUAAUCUAUCGCAUACCUAAUAUGUCUUCAGCUUUUUACAUUUAUAUUUGUUUUUAAUGUAAUUUUAUCUGUAUUUCUUUUCAGUUCCUAUUUGAGUUUCAUUUAUAGAAUUUCUUUUGGAAGUUAUAUACAUAUAAUACAUGCAUACAGUACAAACUUUGUGACAUCUUUGUACAUGCAUGCGAAGCAAGGGAUGAUCGCCAGUUUGAAAUGCAAAUAUUUAAUAUUUUAGGUGUAUCUUAAGGCGGUCCGUGAGGAAGAGCACAUCUUAGUUUAUUAAAAUUUAUUCAGUUUAUACUAUGCAUAAGUCAUAUUUUUGUACUGUUAGUUUCUUCGAAAGUCUUUCGGUAUAGGCUUCUACAUCAUCAUCCCUUUCCAUUUUGUAGGGCGUCAACUUGUUUGAUAUUUCAGUCAUAUAAAAAUUCGCCUUUAUCAACAUUACAACAUUAUACAUGUUUAAAAAAAAAAUAUA